ACAGUGGGUGUGUGUGUAAGUGUGCGUAAGUGUGUGUAAGAGCGAGUGUGAGUUGGCCCAGGCGCCAGAGGAGCGGAACUCGGAGAAGUCAGUCCCAGGAUAGCGUCGCCGACGGAGAGCAGGACAUGGCUCUCUGAGGGGGCCCUGUCAACCAUGGACCCAACGCACUGAGGGUCCCCCCCACCCCCAGAACAACACGACGACAAACGGAACCCAAAACAAAAGAAGGCAGUCGGGAAACGUAAAAAAACAAAACAAGAAGACAACCAUGGUGGCUGAGGAGGUGGUCAUCACCUUGUCUGGCGGAGCACCGUGGGGCUUUCGUCUGCAGGGAGGGGUGGAGCACCACAAGCCCCUACAGGUGGCCAAGGUACGAAAGCGCAGUAAGGCAUGCAGGGCAGACCUCCGAGAGGCAGAUGAGCUGGUGUCCAUCAACGAUCAGCCAUGCAGCGGUCUGUCCCACGCCCAGGCCAUGACCGUCAUCGACAGCUCAUCCGGAAUACUCCACAUCCGGGUCAAAAGAGCGCCGGCUGGCUUCCAGUCCGUGGUGCUCUUGACCCGUGCCCCGUCCCCCCGCAUCGACAAGGAGUACCGGGCAGUCCUGCGCGCCAUGUCCCCCUCCGCCCACCCCAACCACCCCCCAGUCAGGGAGGUGCACCACAGCCACAGCCGCAGCUCCCUCCUGUCCCCCACAGGGCGCAGCGGCCUGACCUCCCCGCCGGGCAGCGAGGCGUACUACGGCGAGACGGACAGCGACGCCGACGUGGCGGCCCACGAGCGCCAGCGGCGGCAGAAACGCCGGAGUCCCAACAACCCGUUGCCGGGGAAACCCCCCGGCCGCGCCUCGGCGGAAGGCGGCGAGACGUCCGAGAUGAGCGGCUACGACAGCGCGCCGGACGCCCGCGUCUACCCCGGCGCGGCGGACGGCCGCGGCGGGGAGGGGGGGCUGUCCGCUGUGGGCGUGGCCCGGCGGGAGGUCAUCUACCAGCCCCCGCCCUCAGGGAUGUGGUCAUCGCAGACCUCCACGGAGACCUCGUCCAUCAUCUCCUCGGCGGAUGACCAGGGGCCUCCGAGUGGGGGGCCGGAGGAGGACAGCGGCUUCCAGGAGCUGACCAACGUUCCCCCGCUGGUGUCCCCUGAAAGGGCUAAGGAGGCCAUGAUGCUGGGCUCCCGUGGGCAGCUGGUGCCCAUGGUGGGGCCCUUGGAGACGCCUCUGGACGAGGAUCUGACAACCACAUACAUGGAUAAGGCCAAACAAGCCAAGCUGAACCGAGGAGACACCCUCCAAGACAAGCAGGUAAAGGAGGCUCGGACCAAGUGUCGCACCAUUGCCUCCCUGCUGACCGACGCGCCCAACCCCCACUCCAAGGGCGUGCUCAUGUUUAAGAAGCGACGCCAGCGCUCCAAGAAGUACACGCUGACCAGCUUCGGCAGCGUGGACGAGGACUUGCGCCAGGACUCCCAGGAAGAGGACGGGGCGUUCCUGGGCAGCGAGUCCGAGUUUGACGAAGACGGCUUCUCCGCUGCCCCUGACUCCACCUGGGACGGCGACUACCUGGACGUGCUGGAGAAGAGGGCGACGGCGGCGACAACGGCGGCGGGAGGGCGAGGGGACGGGGCGGAUGACGCGCCCAGUCCGGGUUUGAGCGACACCGCCGGGAAGGGCGCCCAGCUGUUUGAGCAGCAGAGGAAGAGGGCGGCGGAGCACGCCAGGAAAGUGGAGGCCGCUCAGCCUCAGGCCCCGCCUCAGCCACAGCCCCAAAGCCAAUCGCAGAUCGGGGAGCAACCAAAUCAGUAUCCACAGAGCCAAUCUCAGCCAGACAUGCAAUUCUUGCAGACCCAUCAGCCGCCACCCCCUGCAUCUUUCCAGGAUGAGGCCCAGCAACUGGCCCCUCCCAUUCACAGCAUGGCGAACGGAAACAUGUCCUACUCUGUUGUUAGCACAGCUAGCAUGGUGAUGUCGCCUCCAGUUGUGGCACCAAAACCAGCCACCGCCUCAGUGACCAUCCUGACCGCCCCAGCGCCCCCAUCCCAGACACCCCUGCCGGAACUUUCCUCCAGCUCAGUCCUCAACAGAACCGCCCAACCCUUCGCCCCUGGCUUCGUCACCAACAGAGCCGCCACUGCUCCUGUCGUGUUCCGGCCCACUGUUACCAAGAAACCCCAGCGCCCAGCCACCUCGGCAGGCAUCGUGCCGACGCCUUUCUCCGCUUCCUCCGAGCUAGCCGCCAACAUGGCUCCCCUCUCCUCCCUGAGCCAGCACUCCAUCUUCUCUCCACCGCCCUCGGUAGCCGGUGGUCCCUUCUCCCCCUCCUCCGCGGCCCCUCGCUACCCAGCAUUCUCCACCCCUAUGGAGACCACGCAGGCAUCCCAGCCAAUGACCAUGACUGCACCCCAUCUCCCUGUUUCUGCCCCGGUGGCACCCAUGCCCCAGGUCUCAGCUGCCCCUAUGCCUCAAAUGUCCGUUACGGCUUCUCAGAUGCACCAUGUACCAGUCUCAAUGGCUCCCAUGCCUCCACCACCUCAGAUGGUGUACCAGCCACCUCAGGUCUCCGUUGCCCAACCAUCUCAAGUCCCAGUUUCUCAACCACCUCCGAUGGCGUUUUCUCAACCCCCUUCGGUCCCAAGGCCCCCCCCACCCACGGCUCCGGUGUCUGUGGUACCUCAAGCCACCAUGGUAGCCCCCACGCCCAUACCCACCACCCCUAUGUCUCCCCCCGGUGGUCGUACUGGAAUCCUCCUGGAUGCCCGCCGCCGCAGUGGCAGGAGACCCAUGUUCCGCACCCCGGAGGACAAGAAGAACUCCCCCAACCCGGAGCUGCUCAACAUGGUCCAGAACCUGGAUGACAGACCCCACCGCGGCUACGGACGCCCUCCCUCGGUGGUCAUGGGCUACGAGGGCGGCGAGGAAGACAACCAGGAUGGCGAGGCGGGCAGAGGUAGGAUGCCGCCUCCGGUGGCCCCCAAGCCCAGGGUGAUCCAUGAGACGCCCCUGAUCCCCCAGAACGAGGGCAAGGGGGCUCAGCUGUUUGCCCGUAGGCAGAGCCGCAUGGACCUGUACGUGGUGGAUACCCCCCCAGAGACCCCCUUCCAACAGGAGGUCCACUCCAUGGUCGGUGCCCAAGACUACGACCCUUCCUCCAACCCCUCGCUUCCCAACCAGUGGAAGUACUCCCCCAAUAUCAGAGCUCCUCCUCCUAUUGGCUACAACCCUCUUCUGGCUCCUUCCUGCCCUGUGGGCCCACAGCGGGAUACUGUCAGGGGCAGAGGGGGACCAGGGGGAAUGGGCUCCCAGAGAGAGGGCAUCAAAGCUUUGGAUUUCAUGAGGAGGCAGCCCUACCAGCUCAACUCUGGAAUGUUCAGUUACGGUGGAAGCGUGGCUAACCUGUCCGCCAUGCCCUCCUACCAGGCCCAGAGGCAGCAGCAGCAGCAGCAGGGUGGGUACACCAUGGUGGGCAGCUCCCUGACCCCACCCAGGCAGAUCCCCAUCAAGGCGGCCCGGGUGUAUGAGAUCAAACGCUUCUCCACCCCCACGCCCAUGUCAGCGCCCACGCUGGCAACCAAAGUGAUCGCCCAGCGGUCCGCCACCACACUCGGAGAGCCCAUUAUGCGCUCUGACAUGACCUCACCGACCCCUACCCCCAUCUCCCGGCCCACCGCUCGCGUCUCAGCCCCCACCCCCACGCCUUUCUCAGCCCCCACACCUUUCUCAGCCCCCACACCCACACCUUUCUCAGCCCCCACACCCACACCUUUCUCAGCCCCCACACCCACACCUUUCUCAGUCCCCACACCCACAUCAUUCAAUGCUCCACACCCAACAUCUGGGCUCCCAAGCCUGCCCCAAAUCUCUGCCAUCCCAAUCCCCAAUUCGGUCCCCGUCCCACACCCGACACCCUACACUGGAGUGUCCUACACAGGGCUCCAGGCUGCCAAGCAGUUCCAGAGUGCCCCUGAGCUGAGCCUCUUGGGCUCGCUGCCUCCCCUGAGAGCCACACCCAUCCAGGUGCCAAAGCCUCGCUUCAUCGCCACCAAGUCAGGCAUCAAACCCCACAUUUGGAGGCCAGGGGCCAUGUGAGCUUGGGCGGGAGACCCCAUUUCACAGACUUGGACUUGGACCCCUUCAAAUCCUAAACCCACAAUGAAUAUAAGAUGAUUGAUUAAAAAUAUACUUAAUUAAAAUGUUAUGUUUGAUUACAAUGAUUGAAAACCCUAACUAAAGUGAAUUUGUUAUAUUUAUAUUUUUCAUUUAUUUGGCUUUAAUAUGUUACAAGGCUUUAAUUUGUGCGGCAGUGAUGGCUGUUGUUCCAUCUUCAACAUAUGUUUAUAUUUCACAAUGGUAUUCAUGUAUUUGCAGUUUUAGAUGAGCUUUGAAGUCACAUAUAGACGGUCGUUGCUAAAAUGCAUAGGCUACAUAUAGCCUGUCAAGCCAAUGAUACGAGGAGUUUUAUUUUUCACAUAUACACCAUAGUGUACCCAAUGUACACAACUAGAACUGGACUAGUAGUAUUCCUACCAUUCUCUACGCCUGUCCUGGAGGAGGUUUGUGUAAGGCUUAUCUUUCGGCACAGUCAGAUGAAAUACUGUCAAUAAUAAAAAGCCAUGGGAGCAGUGAGAGAGCCUGUACUGAAUUAUUCUUUGAAACUUGAAAUGUUGACGUGUAGGAUAUCUGGUAUGAAUGGUGAUAAUUUCACAGUUUUUUCACACUUUAUGUGACCACGGAGAGCAGUGUCUCCUCUCUCUGGUGAGAGGUGAGAGGUCAGCGAGGCAAGGCUGACUCGGGGAGAAGGGGGCACACAGGAUGUUAGAGGACAAACGGUUUAACGAGAGCACCAUCAUGUGACUCCAUGCAGGGACAAGACUGAUGUGACACUGGGCACAACGUCUUAGACUUGGGGCACACAGAGCGGUUGGAUGCUGAUGAUUGGCCAGGGCUGGGUCCGUUUGGGAACAGUGACAGCCAUUGUGUUUGGCUUCUGCGCCAGCACAACCAAGUCCCUAAAGCUCUGGAAAUGUUUGUCUAGCAAGACGGCUGCUGCUCGUUCCCCUGCUGUCCCCAGUGCCCAGUGAGCUCUCUGGGGCGCCUGGUGUCCAUGUCACCGCUCACGUUGUAUUCAAACAAAUGACAAUGCUGAGACAAAAGGUGUAUCUUUUUCUUUAUUGUGAAUGAAACAGAUUUGUCAUGCGAUUAAGGAAGUAAAAAAAAAAGAAAAACGGAGGCACCGGCAGUAUAACGGUUUAAGGCAUGGGUAUGGCUGUGGAUAGGGAAGGUACGUGGGGCCGAAAAUGGCCCCUGUCAACAGAGUUUUGGAGGGUCCAUUCAGGACCAUGAAUAAAAGGUCUACAAUGGCAUGUUUGGGCUGUACCAUCAUGCAGGUAGAGGGCGUGAAAAUAGAUGCAAUAAAGGUCCAUGAACGUGAGACUUCUGAUUGGACACUGGACAAUGAAUUCCCACAGUCAAUAGAAAUUAGAAGAUGGUGACAGGAAAGGGUGAAAUGGGUUCUGAGGCCUGGAGAAAGGAGGUACUGUGGAGAUGGGGGCUGAUGGCACAGAUAUUCCACUAUGCCGGUGUCUCAGUGCAAUACAGAGACUGAAUAAUGCAUUGAUGAAUUAAUGAAUGCAUUAAUGAAUUAAAAUGUCAGAAUAGAAUAACAACUAACCCUGGUAACAGUGUCGGGACUACCAUGAAUGCAAUUAAAUAAAGUUAUGUUCACUGACAGAGUUUAAUACUUUUACCUUCUUUGAGAUGAUAAAUGUUGCUUUUAUAAUUUAUGAAUCUAAUCUAACAUAAUUUAAACUAUGUUCAUGUGCUUUAUGUCAUAAUGUUUGCUAAAGUAUGUGAUAUGUUGUGCAUACAGUACAGGAAUCUUAGUGUGUAAAAAUACAAGUUAAUAAUAAUAAUGGUUCCUCUUUGUAGCUAGAUACAAGUGUGAGUUUGAACAUUUCUGUUUGUGAAUCUGCAAUAAAGGAUGUUGGUGUACACUUUUGACUGCCUUACAGACAAGAUGUUUUUAGACGAAUAAAUAUAGCCUUGAAAUCUU